CUGAUCAACGUGAUGUCACUCUCUUCAUUCUGAUCUCGCGUUGAUUCAAUACUCAACGGAUAAUCUCCCCAGAACAACAACAAAAAAUGUCCAGCAAAGCCAAGACGAAGAAGACCACCAAGAAGCGAGCUCAGAGAGCCACUUCGAACGUGUUUGCAAUGUUCGAUCAGUCGCAAAUUCAAGAAUUCAAAGAGGCCUUCAACAUGAUCGAUCAAAAUCGUGACGGGUUCAUUGACGCUGCAGAUCUCAAAGAUAUGUUUGCGUCUCUUGGCAAAGACGUUACAGAUGACUAUGUGGAUGAUAUGCUCAAUGAUGCAAAUGGCGCCAUUAAUUUCACUAUGUUUUUGACCCUCUUCGGAGAGAAAUUGAACGGAACAGACCCUGAAGAUGUCAUAAGAAAUGCAUUCGCGUGCUUUGAUGAAGAACAAGCGGGCAAGUUAGACGAAGAUAAGUUGGUCAACUUGCUUCAAACCCUGGGCGAUAGAUUCUCUGAUCAGGAAAUCGAUGACAUGUUACACGGAGCACCAGUAGAUUCUAAAGGUCUCUUUGACUACGUCAAAUUCACCAGAAUUAUCAAGCAUGGAAAAGAUGAUGAUUAAUUAACCAUACAGCUAAUAAAUUAUCAGUUGACAAGAACUUUGUUUUCAUUUUUGUGCAGUGAACUCUGUACUAGGCUUAUAUGAACAUUGACGUAUUGACUUGUUCCUUUAGGCAGUGUAAC